GUGAACUGUGGGCUGUUAUAUGAGUUCGUUGAGGUAUUGUCAGCAUGGCUGAGGCUACCGUCGUAGUGAAACAGGAAAAAGUUGAUGCAAUAGAUCUAGAGAGCAGGUGAAUAGAAAAAUGGCAUAUCCUAUAAUCUUGGAGCUGUGUCAGAGAUGUCCCAAAGGAGUAACUGAUGCAGAUUUAGUGAGUGACAUGCCAGAUUGUGAUGCUCAACAGCGGGUUCAAGUUGUCAACAGACUUUUGUCCACAGGUAGAAUUGAUCUGUUGAAGAGUGGAAAUCAGCUGAUAUAUCGUCUCAAGGAUAAAGAAGCUGCCAGCCAGGUGAAAGGUGCAGAUCAACAGGAAAAAGUGAUAUACCAGAUAAUAAAAGAAGCAGGCAAUAAAGGAAUAUGGAUUCGAGAUAUACGAUACAAGUCAAACCUUGUUCUAACUCAAGUGAACAAGAUUCUGAAAAAUUUGGAGAGCAAGAAGUUUAUUAAGGCUGUAAAGUCUGUGGCCGCCUCCAGGAAGAAGGUGUACAUGUUAUAUAACCUUGAACCUGACCGGACAGUGACCGGCGGGGCCUGGUACAGUGAUCAGGACUUUGAGUCAGAGUUUGUAGAGGUCCUCAACCAGCAGUGCUUCAAGUACCUCCAACAGAAGGCAGACUCUGCAUGUGAAGCUCAGACAGAUCCUAUUGUACAACAUAACAGUUCCUUCUGCUCGUCACAGGAGGUCUGGAAGUUCAUAUCAGAGCUGGGAAUCAGUAAGGUCCAGUUAUCAGUGGAGGACAUAGAGACAAUACUGAACACCCUUAUCUAUGACGGGAAGGUUGAGUCCAUUAUUGUGGCCAAUCCAGGGGGGUCUGAGGACAGUGGACAAAAAAAGCUGUACAAAUCUGUAAAGCCAAUGAUAAAGCCAACUGGUUUAAUGAGGAUGCCAUGUGGAGCUUGUCCAGUUCUAGACGAAUGCCAUGAAGGAGGGCAGAUUUCUCCAUCCUCUUGUGUCUACAUGAAGGAAUGGCUGGAUUAUUGAGUUGCCAAGACAACGUAACGAGGUAUUCACAGCUUUCAUACCUGGUACUGCAAUGUGACAAUUAAGUUACCAUGGAAACUGCGCAGAGAGAACAGCUGCCUCACUCCUUGGUAACAAGUGAUAAUUGUUAAUUUAUUAAUGUUAUGUAAAUAUGACUUACUGUUAUGA